UGCACUUACUCAUUUCAAGACGAUGCCACGAAAGAAAUCGUGCAUUUCGAAUUGGUUCAGGUUACAGAGGCGAGCAGCUCUGUGGCGAUGGAGGUGGUUGGAUUUCAACGGGGUCUGGACUACCUGCUUGAGAGGGGUGUCAACAUUGGUGUCUUGACAACAGACAGAUCCCCUUCCAUCCGUAAACUGAUGAAGGACAAUUACAGCAACAUUCAACAGGAGCUGGACCCAUGGCAUGUCUGUAAAAGUCUGAAGAAGAGACUUGUUACAGCUUCGAACAAGAAGGAAAACAAAAUCCUGCAGCCAUGGAUCAGGUCAAUCACCAAUCACAUGUACUGGUCAUGCAGCACCAGUAAGGGCGACAAGGAGGAAUGCCAAAGAAGAUGGAAAUCACUUCUCUACCACAUCCGUGGCAUCCACAGAUGGGAGGAGGAGGAUGCUGAGCAUAGGUGUUACCAUCCACCACCAACAGAAGAGGAGCAGAGGCGAAAAAUGUGGCUCGAGACAGAUUCACCUGCGUUUCAAGCGUUGACUGGACUGGUCAUGGACAAGAACCUCCUGCGAGAUUUGAGACAAAUGACUCUGUUCAAGCACACUGGAUCACUGGAGGUGUACCAUUCCGUAAUUCUGAAGUAUGCGGAGAAGCGGCUUCACUUCAGUUACGACAGCAUGAGGGCUCGAUCUCAACUGGCUAUUCUGGAUCACAACAACAACCUUGAGAGACCACAGGCUACAACACAAGAUGGACAAGCAAGAUACAAGGCUGCCUACUCAAAGCAGUCGCAACAGUGGGUUGCGAAACCGAUUUAUGAAGGCACAACACAGACUUUUCGGGAUGACCUGGUGGAGCGUGUCCUGAGGAGGAGGGAAGACAGCAGUGUCGUGUUGUCCAAACCCGUGCCCCGUCCUCGACCAAGAAGGAGACUGCUGCACAACAUAGCUCCAGUUCCAAGACCGGAAAAGAGUGACCUGGUUGCCAAAGCCAGGUCUCGCUACAUGACCAUGUUGUAA